AAGAUUCAAUUUUCCAAAAACACAGUCUUUAUUCAAUUUGAGAAAACAUUAUGAUUAAAAGGGGUAAAAUGUCAUAUCUUAAAGGGGUCACGACAUGACAUUUUUAUUAUUUGAAUAUGUUCCUUGAGGUUCACUUAGAAUAUUAGUAAAGUGAUUUGCACAAAAAACAGUAAUAUAUAUGUAAGAAAAAACAAAACAAAAAAACAACUAAAUAACAACAACAUUUUCCACCCUCAUUCUGACCCUCUGUCAGAAACACUCAGUUUUGGUGCUGCUUCUCCUUUAAGACUUGACAGGAAACGCCCAGUGUUCUGAUUGGCUCUCUGCUCUUGCCUGACCUCUCUCCACUUGCCAUGAUAAGGUAAAGUAGGUGUUGAUGUGUUGUUGUGGAGGUGGUCAGAUGCUUGUCUAUCACAGUGUGACAUCACAAUGUGGAGGAAAUAGAGAACGAGCUCUUUUAGCAGUGAGGAGGAAGUUUUGAGUUCUCAAACUUACAGUGUGUUUUUAUAGUACAAUGACCUCUUAUAUGUUAAAAUUUGAUUCCUUAUGUCAUGACCCCUUUAAAUAUGAAAAAAGUUAAACUGUCCCACACCUAAAACAAAAACUGAAUCCUGCUCUAAAGGAAUAUUCCGGGUUAAAUAAAAGUGAAGCUCAAACGAAAGCAUUUGUGGCAUAAUGUUGAUGACCACAAAAAAUUAUUUUGACUUGCCCCUCCUUUUCUUUAAAAACAAAAACAAAAUCUGAGUUCCAGUGAGGCACUUAUAAUGGAAGUGAAUGGGGUAAAUCCGUAAACAUUCAAAUACUCACUGUUUCAAAAGUAUAGUCACAAGACGUAAACUAUACAUGUGUAAACAUGAUUUUAGUGUGAUAAAAUCACUUACUAACCUUUUCUGUGUAAAGUUAUAGUCAAUUUUACAACUUCAUUGCCAUGAUGAUGUAAUGUCAACAAACCCUAAAACCCUAAUACAACUGUAAAAAUGAUGAUUUAGACAACUUUACAGCUCAAAUAAUACAUGAGUUUUAACAAAAGAUUUAGUGUACGUGCUUUUAUAAAAUUAUAAGCUUCAUAUUUUGGUCUAAUCUUUUUUUUUUUUUUUGGUAAUCAAAAUUAUGCCACAAAUGCUGUUGAUUGAGCUUAAUUUAUAUUGAAACCAAAAUAUUCCUUUAAAAAAUACAAUAAAUAAAUAAAAUGUUUUCCUUGGGAAUAAAUGUUUCAGCAUAAAUUUUAGGGGGAUUUUAAUGCUCAACAGGAUAAAAGACUGAUGACACAGACAUUUGAGGGUACAGAAUCAACAUCUCAGUGUGCUCCAAAGAUGUGGAGGAGCGCCUCGGAGGAUCUGAUCACAGGAGGCGCAGAGAGACCUCAGGUCCUGGCAGGCAGGAGGUCACAGACUGCCGCAUCGCUCUCCUCCAUUUCCUAGAUUUCAACCAAAAGCAAAGUUUCAAUAAGCUUGCUAAGCUGAAAAGGGAGCAGAAGUGUCUGCCCAUCUUCCAGUACCGUGACAGAAUUGUGGAGAUGGUGAGGACUCACCCUGUGGUGGUGGUGGCUGGAGACACGGGAUGUGGAAAGUCCACGCAGGUGCCCCAGUACCUGCUGGCAUCAGGGUUCAACCAUAUAGCCUGCACUCAACCACGCCGUAUUGCCUGCAUCUCGCUGGCCAAGAGAGUGAGCUUUGAGAGCCUCAACCAGUAUGGCUCCAAGGUUGGGUACCAGAUCCGCUUUGAGAGCAGCCGCACCACGGCUACCAAACUCCUGUUCCUGACCGAGGGUCUUCUGCUCAGGCAGAUCCAGCAGGAUGCUACUUUGGGACAAUACCAGGUGCUGAUCGUGGAUGAGGUGCAUGAGAGACACCUGCAUUGUGACUUCCUGCUGGGAGUGUUGCGUUCCCUUCUGGCCCUGCGCCCAGACCUGCGGCUGGUUCUUAUGUCGGCCACCAUCAACAUCAAGCUCUUCUCCAGUUACUUCAACAGCGCACCUGUUCUGCAGGUCCCUGGCAGACUCUUUCCUAUACAGGUAAUCUACCAGCCCAUUCCUCAAGAAGAGCAGGUGUCCCGCUCUGAGAAGCUAGACCCACGGCCGUAUUUGCGUGUGCUGCAGGGUAUUGACCAGCGGUAUCCACCAGAGGAGAGGGGUGACCUGCUGCUCUUCCUCAGUGGAGUGGCCGAGAUCUCCACCAUCCAGGAGGCCUGCCAGACUUACGGCACACACACAAAACGCUGGAUCGUCCUUCCUUUGCACAGCACGCUCUCGCUAGCCCAGCAGGAUAAGGUGUUUGACAUUGCUCCCCCGGGUGUAAGAAAAUGCAUAAUUUCCACCAACAUUGCUGAGACCUCAGUCACUAUCGAUGGAGUGCGCUUUGUGGUCGAUUCAGGUAAAGUGAAAGAGAUGAGUUUUGACCCAAAGUCAAAGAUGCAGAGACUGCAGGAGUUCUGGAUCAGCAGAGCCAGUUCAGAACAGAGAAAAGGACGUGCGGGAAGAACCGGUCCGGGAGUCUGUUACCGACUCUACUCUGAAUCAGAUUAUGAUGCCUUUGCCCCCUAUCCUGUUCCUGAGAUCCACAGGGUGGCGCUGGACUCCCUCGUGCUGCAGAUGAAGAGUAUGGAUCUUGGAGACCCUUGCACUUUCACCUUUAUAGACCCUCCUCCCGCCUCCAGUAUUCAGACUGCAGUGACAUAUCUGCGAGACCAGGGGGCGCUAGAUGAGCACGGAGAACUCACUCCCAUUGGCAGAUUGCUGGCGCAGUUGCCUGUGGAUGUGGUCAUUGGAAAAAUGUUGGUUUUGGGUUCAGUCUUUAACCUGGUGGAGCCAGUGUUAACUGUUGCCGCUGCGUUGAGUGUUCAGUCUCCGUUCCUGCGCAGUGCUCAGCACAACCCUGACUGUUCAACUGCUCGCCAACCCCUGAACAACAACCAAGGAGACCCCUUUACACUGCUCAACACCUUUAAUGCCUGGGUGCAGGUGAAAGGAGACAGAGGAAGUGGCUCCAGGAAGUGGUGCAGAAGGAGAGGGCUGGAGGAACAGAGGCUAUACGAGAUGGUCAACCUUAGACGACAGUUUAAAGAACUGCUGCGGAGUCAUGGUCUGCUGGAGGCUGAUCCGGGCGGUAGGGCGAAACCGCAGGAUCGAGCCAGGCGCAGAGAGAGACUGACAGAGAGGCAGAAGCUGCACCAGCUUAAACGUGAUCAUGAGCUCCAGGAGAACACCAAGAGGAAAGUUCUACGUCUGGAGGAGGGGCUGGAGGAAGAUGGCUCAUCUGGGUCUGAUGGGGAGGGAGCAGGUUCGAGCAAAAAGGACAAAGACAAAGCUGGACAGACUGUCGACAUACAGGAGGUGAAGUUCAAGUUGCGUCACAAUGUAAAUGAGCUGCAGGAAGCUGCAUAUGCCAGUGCAGAGCUGUCAUCACGGAAGCAGGCUCUGCUCAAACUGGUGCUGUGCCGUGGUCUUUACCCACAGCUGGCCAUACCAGAUGAACAUAACGCAACCCGCAAAGACUCCGAACAGGUGUUCCACACGCGAAAUAAGCUAGGUGUUGUGAUCCACCCUACCAGCGUGUUUGCCAGUGACCCGGAAGCUCUGCAUGUCCCUGAGCAUGAGUCCAGCGAGUUUGGUGCUGAUAAAGGGCAGAGCAAUAGGCACCAGUUGCUAGCCUUUGUUACUCUACUAGAAACAAACAAACCUUAUGUUUCAAACUGUGUUCGGAUUCCAGCACUGCAGGCCCUGCUUCUGGUGGCCAACUCUGUGGACACUAAUGCAGACUGCACGCGUGUGGUGGUGGAUGGCUGGUUGGAGCUGGGGUUGACUGACGGAGAGAUGGCCCUAAAGGUUCUCUCCUCUGCUCUCACUCUGCGGGGGGAAUGGGAGAGGCUACUUCAGUCCCAGCUGAGCCAGGGUGGUCCAGGUUCCACAGCUGGGGUUGGGCUGGGGGGACCCAAAACAUCCCGCAGGGAGAUGGAGAAGCUCUGUGAGGGACUUGUGCGAUUUCUGCUGUAUACUGAGGUUACUUACAGUCUGAGCCGUUUAUCAGCACUGCAGUCUCAGAACCUGUACAUCGGACCCCAGCAGGACUCAGAUCUCUCCUCUGCUUCAGCACUUGGUUCUCUGUUCCCGGGCAUGAAGGCAGAGCCAGAUCCCAUUAAAGGAGGCCUGCGCUUAUGUCGCUACUUCACCUACAACUGUCUGUGUGACUCUAAGGACCUGUACAGUGAAUGUCUGCGAACUUUUUGGAGCUGCCCUCACUGUGACCUGUACAUGCCCCUGACGCCCUUGGAGCGCAUGCAGCAUCAGGCCACCUGCAGACCACUGGAGGAACAGCAGCCUGAGGAAGAGUCUGACAGCGUAAAGACUUCUUCAUCGUCUUCAUCUGGUCUGACCAGGGUCUACCACUGUGACAUCUGUAAUAAAGACCUGACUCUCACCUCAACAGAGAUCCUAAAACACAAACGUCAGCACCUGUCGUGAGCUCACACACGGGGGAAACCGGAGCACCCAGAGGAAUCCCACAUGAACACAGGGAGAACAUGCAAACUCCACACAGAAAGGCCCCUGGGUAAGCCGGAACUCAAACCGGGGACCUUCUUGCUGUGAGGCGACAGUGCUACCCACUGAGCACUGUCACCGAGACCAUUAAGAUUUUGCACUGUGAAAGUAUUUUUAUCACAAAUAAUUUGAAAAAUGAAAAUGUCAUUCUCUUUUUUGUAAUGGAAUAAAAUAAUGAUUUAUAAUGUAAGCAUA